UUUACCGCUGGAUUAUAGGUGCAACCGGCCCAGAUUACAUAAGUUCAAGUUACUCAUAAUAAUUUGGUUGCUGAAAGAAGCGAUUAUAGGAAAUGAGCAUCAAGGUUAUCAGCAUGUUUGCCGCAGUGUUGCUGCCACUUUUAUGCACGAGUAGUGCAAAGAAGGUAUUCAUCAACACCGGUCCGAUCAAGAAUGUAUUCAAAACAGACGAUGAGUUCCCGAGCAUCAAGAAUGCCUUCAACACCAUCUUCACUAAGCACGGCGCCAGUCCUACUCAGAGUUCAGGAUUAUCGAGCAAUAUCAACACGCAACUGCCUGGUAUCUCAUCGGCGACAAAUGACAGUACCCGAACCCGCAGAACUGCAAUUGAUAUGGAUAUAAUCGCGAUGAUUGUGCGAAUGGUGAUGCUUAUCAUUGAAAUUCUAAUAAGAAUUACACUAAAAUCGUUCGGGAUUCGACUACCCGACGGCUUUGAUCUUUCUAAUGCGCUGAGACAACCGCUUCAAUUUUUAGAAGGUUUGAUUUAGUUGAUAGCAAAUUUUAAGUGUAAUAAAGAGCAGCUGUUGAACUUCGUUUUUUGUUAUUAAGAGUUGAAUUUUAUUGAUAUACAUUAGGAUAACGUAAUGCAUAAUAUUGCGUUUUAUUUGUUGUGUUUCGUUGUAUGAAUAUUUCCUACAUUUUUUGUUAUCCUCACGAUGUUAAUUUUUAUUAAGUUUUAGGAAUUACUAUUUUCAAUUUUUUUAUUUAAUAUUAGUGUGGACAUCAGUGCAUCAACAAAAUUACUUUAACAAGACUGAUUUGAAAUGUUCCGAAGUGAACUGAUUUGAAAUUUUCCGAAGUGAAGGCGGCAUCCAAAUGCUCACAAAAAAAUGUCAUUCCGUUUGUUCUCAUUUUCUUUUGUACAAAUAUAAUUAUGUUGUGUUUUUUUUAUUCAGUGUUUGUAUGUUGUGUGUUUGAAGCUUUGUGUUCUGAAUAUUUUUUGGCCCACAAUACCCAUAUCGCGCCAGAUUGCGCGAUCACUACUUGAUAAUUCUCAAAUUUUUAUUAUAUGUGCUUCAAAUUUUCAUACUUAUUUGUUGAAUUACGAAGCAAUGCAGAACGGUGGAUGAAUUAUAAAAAAAGUAAGCAACAAAAAUAAUUUUCUAUUAAAUUCUUAUUUUGAAUUUUAGGAUGAAAAUCAAAUGAUCGCUCGAAGGAAGUGGGCUUUAAUACACAUUACUCCAAUUUCUGAAUUAAUUAUAACAGAGAAGAUUAAUUAUUGAUAGAGGAUAGAGAUUCCUAAACCUCAGGGAUCAUCUAUUCUGAACAACGCGCAGGCCAAACUGACAGUUUAUUCCCCAUAGAAAUUUUCCUCAAAAAAUCUAAAGCUUUCAUAAAAACUUUAUUUCAUAAAAUUUUGCGAAUUGUUAAGAUUGCUAAAAAGAUGUAAUGACCUGAUUUGGGGGAAAUGUUAAUCCCGAAAAGUUUUGCGCAGUCGCCAGUUAGCUAUUUAUGUAACGAUAUUCAGGUAUACAUAUUCAAAUUUCGAACCCGCAUUCUGAAUUCCAAUAUAAAAUAUUGAAAAUAUCAAUCGUUACAAGGAACACCGCCGAUAUUCACGAUGAAUUGUGACGAGGAUAGAUGAAUUAAUUUGAUUGUGCUUCGUGCAUAGCUAAAAAAUAGA